AUGGCUGGUAAGGAAAUCAAUGGUGACUACGCAGUAGAAAUCCAUGAGUAUUUAUCCACGUUUGAGAGCGCCAUCGGGGCAGUGGGUGACAUGCUGAAUGUCAUGAUGUCUGCUUCUAGAAAUGAGCUACUGCAGAAGUUGGAUCCACUUGAACAAGCAAAGGUGGAUUUGGUUUCUGCAUACACAUUAAAUUCAACGAUUUGGGUUUAUUUGGCAACUCAAGGAGUGAAUCCUAAGGAGUAUCCAGUGAAGCAGGAAUUGGAAAGGAUCAGAGUGUACAUGAACAAAGUGAAAGAGAUAAACGACAAGAGGAAGGCUGCCAAGCUGGACAGAGGCGCUGCUGCACAAUUUGUGAAAAAUGCUCUCUGGGAACCAAAACCAAAAAAUGCAUCGAAGGUUGCUAAAAGAAAAAAAUAA